GCGGAGCCCCAGGUGCGAUGGCCAUGCAGGUGCAGCUGGAAGCAAAUGCAGAUACAUCAGCAGAGGAAGAGAGCUUUGGACCACAGCUCAUAUCCAGGUUAGAGCAAUGCGGUAUAAAUGCAAAUGAUGUGAAGAAAUUGGAAGAAGCUGGAUUUCACACAGUUGAGGCUGUUGCUUAUGCACCAAAGAAAGAGCUACUAAAUAUUAAAGGCAUCAGCGAAGCCAAAGCUGACAAAAUCUUGGCUGAAGCAGCUAAACUGGUUCCGAUGGGUUUCACCACAGCAACAGAAUUCCACCAGCGGAGGUCAGAGAUCAUCCAGAUCACCACUGGGUCCAAAGAACUUGAUAAACUUCUUCAAGGAGGAAUAGAAACAGGGUCCAUAACAGAGUUGUUUGGGGAGUUUCGUACUGGAAAAACACAGUUGUGUCAUACCCUGGCAGUCACCUGUCAACUUCCCAUUGACAGAGGUGGUGGUGAAGGAAAAGCCAUGUAUAUUGACACAGAAGGGACCUUCCGUCCGGAACGGCUUCUUGCAGUGGCAGAAAGGUACGGCUUGUCUGGCAGUGAUGUCCUGGAUAACGUGGCAUAUGCUCGAGGCUUUAACACAGAUCACCAGACCCAGCUCCUGUAUCAGGCCUCUGCUAUGAUGGCUGAGUCACGAUACGCGCUGCUGAUAGUGGACAGUGCCACGGCCCUUUAUCGGACAGAUUACUCGGGACGAGGAGAGCUCUCGGCGAGACAGAUGCACCUGGCCAGGUUCCUGCGUAUGCUGCUUCGACUUGCUGAUGAGUUUGGUGUGGCGGUUGUGAUCACUAACCAAGUGGUAGCACAAGUAGAUGGAGCAGCCAUGUUUGCUGCAGAUCCUAAAAAACCUAUUGGGGGAAAUAUCAUAGCGCAUGCUUCCACCACGAGACUGUAUCUGCGGAAAGGCCGAGGUGAAACCAGAAUAUGUAAAAUCUAUGACUCUCCUUGCCUUCCUGAGGCUGAAGCAAUGUUUGCUAUUAAUGCUGACGGAGUGGGAGAUGCUAAGGACUGAGGACUCUGUUUCAUGUCCCGCGUACCCCAAGAUAGCUAUCGGUAAAAGGCUCCUUUUUUGUGGCACCUUACAGAUGCUUUCCCAGCGCAGCUGCUGUUGGGAUGCUGGCAGAGGAAUCUGUUACUUCAGCGUUCGAGUCCCUUGAGUGAAUACACUCCGAGGCAUGUCUGGGGGUGUUGCUGGGUAGAGAGAGCUGCCCUUUGGGCUUUGGUCACAUCUUAGGUUAAUGUGGUGUCUUGAGAAUGUUUUUAGGGGACCACAGCAUUUGUAUUUUCCUCAGGGCUGUUGCUCCAGCUGGGUUCUACCACUGGACACAGCGCAGUAGAAUCUGGGAGUAUGUGGCCAUAGUUCAUAACUCGCUGAAUUUGAUGUAGCACUGAUGGGUUUGUCAAAUAAGAAAAGUGGUGAGUUAAAUACUUAGUGGAUGCUUUAAUUAUAAAAUAAACCAGAAUGGUAUUCCACAAAAAGAAUUUGUGGAUAUUGUUAGGAUUUAUGAUCAAUCCAUAUUCUUUAUGAUAAUUUUGUUUUGGAUGCUGCAACAUGCUGGGUUUUGGGAACUGUUAAUUUACAUUUAAAUUACAUUUUUUUGUAUUUCAUUAAUUCUCUGUGGAAAUCUGCUUUUAAUAAAAAGAACCAUGACAAUGUUGGUGGCAUUACAGGUUUCUGGGAUU